GCACAUCCAGAGGAGCAUUCAGAGCAGCAGGUCGUUAAAAAAUUCAGUCUUCUUUUAAUACAAAUGUUCGUCGACUGUGGUCAAAGUCAGAAAAACAGCAGUCAUGAAAUUGCACCAGACUCUCCGGAAUGUCAGCAAGUUCAGAUCCGUUUUCGACUUCGGUGGACGGGAAGUGGCUCACUGGUUCCCCGGACACAUGGCUAAAGGACUGAGGCAGAUGAGAGCCAGCCUGAAGAGUGUGGACUGCAUCAUAGAGAUCCACGAUGCCAGAAUCCCCCUCUCCGGAAGAAACCCAGAGUUUCAGGAGAGUCUCAGCGUCAGACCACAUCUGCUCAUUCUCAACAAAAUGGACCUCGCUGAUCUUUCCAAGAAGCAGAGCAUCCUGAAGAAGCUGGAAAAACGUGGGGUGAGAAAUGUUCUCUUCACCGACUGUUUAAAGCAGAGAGAUGAAAACGUCAAAAAGUUGGUGCCAAUGGUCGUGAAAGUUAUCGAGAGCGAAGCACGAUUUAACAGAGAAGAGAACACAAAUUAUUGCAUGAUGGUGAUUGGGGUGCCCAACGUAGGGAAAUCAUCUCUAAUCAACUCGUUAAGAAGGACAAACUUGAAAAAAGGUCGUGCAUCUCGAGUAGGAGGGGAACCAGGUAUCACUAAAGCAGUCUUGACUAGGAUUCAGGUGUGUGAGCGACCCAUAAUGCACCUGUUGGACACACCUGGGGUCUUGCCCCCUAAGAUUGAGAGCAUUGAAACAGGCAUGAAGCUGGCUUUAUGUGGAACUAUCCUGGACCAUUUAGUGGGUGAAGACAUUAUUGCAGACUACUUACUUUAUUCUCUAAACAGGCUUGAGAAGUUCAGUUAUGUCGAGAAAUACGACCUCCAAGAGCCGAGCGAUGACAUACAGAAUGUCCUUAAACGCAUCGCUGUGAAACUUGGAAAGACUCAACGGGUCAAAGCCAUCACUGGAGUUGGUAACAUUACCGUCACUGUCCCAAACUACACGGCAGCCGCGUACAAUUUCAUACGAGCCUUCAGGAAAGGAGAGCUGGGACAAGUCAUGCUGGACUGAUGGAGCCUUUUU